AUGGGGUAUCUAGCAGAUGCAAGGGCUACUACCCGUUUUCCUUUACUCGUCCUUCUGGAUAGGAAGCACACUUGGCCUUGUAACAUCCAAUCCUUGAUUGGAAAUUCGACGGUAUCUACAAGUGCCAAGAGACCACUGGUUCAGCCAGAUCGUGGCAAGCCAAUAACGCUGCGUCUAAGCCCAGCUGAGAGGGCCAGUGCGGGGGCGCGCGACGGAGGGUGA